AUGUCUUUCCUAACAAACACUGUAGGCAACCUUAGUCAAGCUGCCAAAAACGUUGUCGUUUCGCAAUCAGUUGAUCGUGGCCAAGCUCCUCAGCAAACAAACGAUCAGACAACCAACGAAAGCUCGAAUCAGGAUCAUAAGCCUUCCUCCGAUCAGCCACCAUCCUCGUCGGUAGAUUUUUCUCCCGGCCCUCAAGACGAACCCAAAUCUUCUAGCGGCUUCAUCUCAGGCAUCGGGAAAGCGAGCAGCACCAUAACUAGCACCACAACUUCCGGCCUCACCAGUGGCAUUAACUUCACCUCCGAUCUCGCCAAAAAUGGCGCUCAACUAGCUUCUGAUACGGCCAAUGCAGGUGUUUCCAUCUCUCGAACAGUGGCCAGAUCCGGACUGGACAUGAGUAUCGGUGUAGUGGGCGGUACCGCCGAUUUGGCUGGAACUGCCAUUGGUGGAAUCGUUAAUACAGCUGCGGAGACGAGCGGGAAGGUCUUUGAGCCAGUGGCUAGUGGCUUGAAGGCCGUUGAGGGAUUCGACAAAUUGGGCGAUGGGCUUAUGGCCAUUAAUGGGUUGCCCGUCGGAGCUGUGCAAACAGUUGGAAGAUGGACAAUGACUGCUUUGAAUAUGAGCGGCAAGACUCCCACCUUCUUUGACCCAGAUGGCGACGGCACUGUCACUGUGUCUGACACUAUCAAGGGAUUGAUCGUCCUCGGGUUGGAUGAAAAAAACUCAAAAUACGCUGCUUAUGUUCUACAUGGUAUUUUUAGCUUUCCUACCGGAACAUCAUGGGUUCCCACUGAUACGAAUUUGCCAAUAACUGUUUCUAAUAUGUCCCGCACCCGGUGGGGCAAAAACUGGGGACAAUAUGAUCGGAUGGAAUGGGUGCAAGAUGUAGAUAUAAACCAGUUCUUUGCCGAGUCGUCUGAGGAUGUGACGUGGCAAGAGAAAUUCAAGAAGGGUCGCCAAUAUUUCGGCAUUCUCCUCCUGAUCUUCGAGUGGGGAACGACCUGGCCAUUCCUCAUGCCUGAUCUCCCUGUCGAGCAAAUACCGUUCAAGGAUGAUAUAGGAAAAGUUGUCAGGACUCUCAUAUUACCUACCAUAUUCUCCAACUUUCAACGUGCUCGAGCAGGGAAGGUUGAUGCUGGAAAUCAGCCACCCGCAAAGGAAGCUCCCUCAGGCCCAGACGAUGCCUGA